AUGGGCGCGGCGCGCCUCGCCCCCGCGCCCGCGCCCCCUGCGGCUGCUGCUGGCGGCGCUGGCACUGGCGUCGUGCGCCGCCGCCCCGCCCGAGCGCCCGCAGCGCUCCGCCAACCUGUCCCACAUCACAGGCACCUCCCGGACCAUACAGAUGUUCCUCAAGAACCGCUAUCUCCAGCUGAUGCCGGAUGGCACCGUCAACGGUACCACAGACGUCAACAGCGUUUACAG